GGGAAAGUCAGCAGUCAGCAGCGCAGUGGCGGGAACCGCAGCCCGGCGGCCCUGGAAGCUCCCAGUUUUGUCACCUUGAUGUGAAAUGUCAAGAAGAGUUCCAAUCUUCGUUCAUGAGACAAAAAGAGAAGAGCAACAGGAAAAAUGCCUGCUUCUCGGAUAAAUGCUCUCCAGGAUCUGUUAAUAUUCAAGGACGUGGCUGUGGACCUCUCACAAGAAGAGUGGGAAUGUCUGGACUGUGCUCAGAAAGAAUUGUACAUGGAUGUGAUGCUGGAGAAUUACACCAAUCUAGUCUUUGUUGAGAACCAUUUCAUGUGUGAUAAAUAUGAAAAGGUCUCCGAUCAAGACAUGAAGAAUGUCCUCUAUGAACUUGUGAAUAUCCAAGAGAAGUCUUAUAAGUGUAAUGUGUUUGGCCAAGUUAUUCACGAAUCCUCCCAGUGUGUUCUUUACAACACAAGUGAUACUGCAGAAAAUUGUAACCAGGACAGAUUUGCUAACCACAGAGAUGCCUAUACUGAAUCAUUAAAUGUAAACAGACAUAAAAGUGGGAAGAAGAGAGAAGAACCUUGCAAAUAUAAAGAUGGUAUAAACAGUUUAAAUUUGAGUUCCAUCAUUAGUCAACAUGGAAAAAUCCACACAGCAAAGAAAAAGCACAAAAAUACAGAGUGUGAUAAAUCUUUUAAAUCUAAACAUCAAAAUAAGCUAAAAGAAACCAAUAGUGGGAGGGAAUGUCAUCAAUGCAGGAAAUGUGGGAAAUGCUUCAGUUUGAUCUCAAGCCUAAGUAGACAUAAGAGAUCUCAUACAGAGACACCCUACAAAUGUACUGAAUGUGACAAAUCCUUUACCCUUGGCUCAUCUUUUAAAAUACAUCAGAGAAUACACACAGGAGAGAAACCUUACAAAUGCAGUGAAUGUGACAAAUCAUUUAUGAAUACCAAAUAUCUUAAAAUACAUCAGAGAAUCCACACAGGCGAAAAACCCUACAAAUGUAGCGACUGUGACAAAUCCUUUACCCAGAAAUGCCAUCUUAGAAGUCAUCAGAAAAUUCAUACAGGUGAGAAACCUUACAAAUGUUGUGAAUGUGACAGAUCCUUUGCCGACAAAGGCCAUCUUAGACGACAUCAGAGAAUACACACAGGUAUGAAAUCUUACAAGUAGAGUAAAUGUGACAGAUCCUUUAUCAUUUCCUCACCUCUUAGAAAACAUCAGAGAAUUCAUACAGGAAUGAAGCUGUACAAAUGUACUGAAUGUGACAAAUCCUUUAGCAGUGGCUCAGCUCUUAGAAAACGUCAGGGAAUACAGACAUGAGAGAAACCUUGAAAUGCAGUAAAUGUGAGAAAUCCUGUUCUGUUAACUAAUCUCUUAGAAAACAUCAGAGAAUCCUUUCAGGAUUAGGGAAUGUGAGAUAAUCAUUUGUUCAGAAUGCCAGCCUUAGAAUACAUCAAGGAAAUACACAAAGGAAACCUUACACAUGUAAUGGAUGAGAAGUCUUCACCUGCCGCUCAGGAAUGAGAAAGCAGCUGAAAAUUCAUACUGGGGAGAAAAGUUUCCAGAGAAUAUAAUACGGCCUAUGUUUUAACCAAGCUCUGUUCUUGAUAGUUGAGGCUCCACACUAGAGAAUCAUUAUGAACAUGAAGAACUUGUAGAAAGUUUUAAAUAGUUUUCAGAUCUUAGAAAAUAAAUCAAGAGUUUAUGCUGAUGGAAAUUCUGAAAAUGUGGCUAUGUACAAAAAUAUUUAUUGCAACUUUUUAUUUGUUCAACUUCAAAUUCUUCAUAAUGAAGACAAAAUGGAGAGACCUGAGGAAUAUGCUGUUGUGUAACGUUUCCUGGAGACUGAAAUGAUGCACAGAAUAGAGGCUGAUUAAAGCAGGAAAUACAUGACUCAAAACAGCUUCAAGAAAGCCCUGAAACAAACAAGAUUACAUGUGCUUAACUCAAAUGAAGAAACUCAGACAAAUUAUGAUGCUUACAAGGGGAUUUGAGCCACCAAGACUGAAUGCACUUUAAUCUGUAUAUAUGCAUACAGGUACAGUGUGCUCCAGGUGUGCAUUUUUGCCUAAGUUGUGCCAUGUGCUUGUUUCAAGUUUUGUGAAAUCAACUAUGUUUGAGUCUCUUGUUCUCCAGUGAGCAAAUGCCUCUCCAUAUUUCUGUAAACAAUUUCAUUAAAGCUCAUUGGUUCAGAAAGUUG